AUGGCUGACACAGGAUUCAGCAGAGAAGACCUCUCCAUGUUUAUGUACAUAUUUGAGGAAUUGUUUGAUAAUACUGAGGAAGAAAGAUUUAAAAGAGACAUAAUUUGCUUUCUGGCAUAUGCUGAUGAAAAGUGGCCAAGUAACGAGGAAAUGGACAACAUAGCCAUGAAAUUUAAUGACAUGGGUACUUAUGAAUUUUCAGGCAUUAUAGGAGCAGUAGACGGAACACAUGUCAGGAUCGAACCACCCUCAGAAAACCCACAAGCCUACUUCAAUCGCAAAAAAUUCCAUUCCCUAAUCUUGCAGGGUGUAUGUACAAGUGAUAUGAAAUUAAUUCAUGUAAACAUAGGGUGGCCUGGGAGAGUCCACGAUGCAAAGGUCUUAAGAAAUUCUGAUCUUUGGAAUACAGGUUUUGAAAAAUGUCGGUAUGGUCGUUUCCAUAUUCUAGGUGAUGGUGCCUACCCAAUCAAAGUAUGGUUACUAACUCCCUACAGAGAUACAGGACAUCUCACAAGAAAUCAAACCAAGUUCAACAAGAGUCUUUCGUCAAAGCGUCAAGUGAUAGAAAGAGCCUUUGGCUUGCUUAAAGGUCGCUUUAGACGUCUAAAAUAUAUUAACAAGAGAUCAAUUGUAAACAUGUGCACAGUUAUUCAGUCAGCAUGUAUUCUUCACAAUAUGUGCAUUUGUAACGGAGAAGAUCUGGCAGAAUUUCUUGAAACAGACGUCAAUGAUGAUGAUGAUGAUGUCCAUGUUGUCCAAUUUGGCGAGAAUGAUGCAGAAGGAACCCUUAAAAGGAUCAACAUGACAAACAGACUAUAG